UUUAAUAUUUUAUCAAUAUGUUUCAUGAUGGUUUAAAAACAACCUGAUACGCAGCUGUCGAUAUGAUUUUUAUAUCUAUGCUAUAAGUUGCUUGUUUUAGGCUAAUUUUGUUUCUGUUUAUUUGUAUGUAAAUAUAGAAACACGUGUUGUGGUUGUUAAUAGUGUUCGUAACUUUUUUGUGUUUAUAUGUAGCAGUUAUCAACAUGGAUAACAGUGAAUCAAACGAGAAACAAAUUAUGUUGGAUCAGACACCUGUUUGUGUGAUACUGAAAUCGGAGAACAAUAAUGGAUUUGGUUCAGCAGUGGCCAAAAUUCAGCGGGAUGGCAGCAACGACUCGGCGCUUCUUCAGCCGAACGACAUGCACGAAGUGUCUGCGCAGAAAGGAUUUUCCUCAAAGAUGGGCGUACUGCAUCAGUGCUACGUAACUGGGGCGGUUUUGCUGCUUGCUGCAGCUUGUGGUAUGCCAAUUGGUUAUUCGGCUGUUUUGCUGCCGCAACUUCAAGAAAGGAAUGACUCCUUGGCAACAGAUGCUGAUAUGGGCUCCUGGAUUGCAUCUGUGCAUUCUCUGGCGUCUCCAGUUGGGUCAUUUCUUUCGGGUUCUCUAAUGGACCGCUGUGGCCGACUGAGGGCAUUGCAGAUCUCGGUCGCUCCACUCAUAGGAGGUUGGGUAUUGCUCGGAUGCGCUCCUUCGCAUGCUGUCUUACUGGCCGGAAGACUUGUGGCUGGAUUUGCUGUCGGGCUGAUGGCACCACCAUCACAGGUGUUCCUCGGCGAAAUAUCAGAACCCCGGCUAAGGGGGACGUUGAUCGGAGCCCCAUUUGUGUCAUAUUCUCUUGGAAUUCUUCUGGUAUAUGCCCUGGGCAGCUCCUUACAUUGGAGGGCCGUAGCUGGUGCUGCAACCGUCUUGCCAGCGCUCGCCUUGCUGGCGAUGUGUUUGAUGCCCGAAAGUCCAGUCUGGCUCGUUAGGAAGGAAAAGCGAAAGCGCGCCGAAAAAGCUUUGCUGUGGCUUCGAGGUGACGAGAAACUGGCGAAACGCGAAUUGAGGAAUUUAGAGGCUCGUGUCAGAGCUGAACUGAUUGGUUCUUCGGCUGCCAUGUCGACACAUCAGCCACCAAUAUGGCGCCAGAUUAUGAGACCACAUGUUGCUAAACCACUGUUUAUCCUAAACGUAUUCAAUGUUCUUCAAAUACUCUCAGGGACUUACUUAGUAGUUUUUUAUGCAGUUGAUAUAAUCAAAGAAUUAGGCGGAGCUGAAAUCAAUAAUCUUGCAGCUGCCAACAUGACUGCUGCUGUCCGACUGGUUUUCACAAUGCUCUGUUGCUAUUUGCUACUUGUGAUGCCCCGCAGAACUUUGGCAAUCUUCUCUGGCUUUUUUGGAGGUGUUAGUGUUUUCUUCAUGGGUUUAUAUAUUAUGUUCAUUGCAUCUACUCCUAAAACAACUGUCGAUGUUUCGGUUCUCGGUAUUUGUACAUUAAUAUACAUUGCUGGUAACACUGGAUUGAUGGUCCUCCCUGGUGUGAUGAUAGGAGAAUUAUUACCAGCCAAAACGAGAGGUGUCGUUGCUGGAUAUGUUUUUGCAUUUUUCAACUUAUCUUUAUUUACUGUUGCCAAGGUUUUUCCUGAAAUUUUAACAAAAAUUGGGUCGCAUGGAAUGUUUUUAUUUUUUGGCAGUGCGUCUCUUUUAGCAACUAUUUUUAUAUUCGUAAUGCUUCCCGAGACAAAAGGAAAGACUUUAGGUUAUAUAGAAGAUUAUUUUAGACAAGAUAAUUUUUUCUGGUUUACAAGAUCUAAAGAUACGAAUGAAACGAAAGAGAGUACUGUAAUUACUGUGAGCAAGGGAUGA